AUGUGUUUCCACAACUACACCUCGCACAACGGCUGCGGCCAUCUGGGCGAAUCGCAUACUCAACCAUGGACACUCUGCGACACAGCUCUAGCCCGCCUCAACACUCUGCGUGGCCCAAACUCUCCGCCGCUCUCCCCACCAACAGCAACCAAACACCCAUCACACAACCGCCGCUCAUCAUCCACACGGCGCUUCUUCUCUCUCAGUGGAACACUUUCGCGCUCAAACACUAACGCAUCGUCAACAUCGUCUCGUCGUGCAGUCUCGGGCCCAUCGUGUUCCUCCUCAUCAUCGGGGAUCAGGACGCCGCGCGCAUCGACGUCGAGUUAUGGCUCCUAUGUGCCCACCAGGCCGCUGGACUACUCGACCCUUCCAGACCACCAGCUCGUGGCUGUGAAGUGUGAGAAUCCCAUCCAGCGCACGCAUGUGACGCGUGACAUGAGGGUAUGCAAGAAUUGCGAGUGCGCCAUUGCUGAUAUGCGCAACAUGCUUGCGCGGUACGACAAGACAGGUAGUGUAAUGGGGACCAGCGCAUUCGAGCGCUUCCUCCGUAAAGAAGGAGAAGGUGGUGGGGAGCGCGAAGGCGACGUUACAAUUCCACUCGAGGAUGAUGCGAAUGGCGCUAUAUAUGGCGCCAGGCAAGCUAUCAUCAUGGGCUUCCCCGAGAGCGAUUUGAAUAGCGAAGGACCCAGGGGGUUGGGCACACUGACAGAUAAAGAAUACGCGUAUGGGAAUACCCAUAGCCACGACUACUUUGCUGCUGCUGGGCCUAACCGGUAUUAG